AUGGGCCUCUCGCGUCGGUUUCUGAAUCUGAUCGUGGACAACCGCAUCCAGGGAGCCAAAUCGCUGUGCUCCAUUGAUCUGAGGCGACACAAGUUGUUCAACACAACAACGCCAGCACCCAAAGGAAACGCCCUGGCUUUGAACAAGAUUCGGCUUCCCAGCCCCAGCCUCAGCAAGCGGACAUCAGAUUCCGAUCUCAAGGACCAACGGCUUCACUUCUUCCAGGCUGCGGAUCGAAGGGUUGAUGCAAUGGAGAGCCCGCUUCCGGCCCAAAGCAUCAACCUCGGAGCCUCUGCCAUGGGCUACUCAACGGAAACAUGCGUCCGGAAGCAGGCAGCAGCUUCAGUAACAAGAACGAUCCGGACGAUUGAACUUCCCCAACCAGUCAUGAACUUUCGAUGCUCAAUCGUAGACUGCUAUUGGUAUCUGAAGUGUUUGCCGCUUUCAGAUCGUAAGCUGCUGUGUGUGGACCCAUCUGCCCGUACUGCCCUCUUCGACCUGGGCUUGCGCCAGGUGGAGGCCAUUCCCUACCUCCAUGUGCCCAAGCAUUCGCCGUUGCCCUGCUUUGUCCCCCUCCCAUCCAGUUCUGAUGCCACCGAAGACGGCAAUGGCAGCUUCUACAUCCUGGAGGGUUCUCCCUAUCAGGAGCUGCAGGGAGACGACGACACCAGACAGCAGCUGAGCAAUCAGUUUGAGGCAUUUGUCUACCACAGCGAGUCCAAGUCCUGGCAGAGGCAGCUCCUUCCACCGCCGCCAUUCGUCUGUGACCCUAAGCACUGCAAGCACAGGGGCCCCGACAUCACCUCUUAUGCAGUGGUUGAACGAGGUGGCUCCCAUGUCAUCUUUGUAUCAGUGGAUGGUGCUGGCACCUACUCCUUGGACACGGUGACACACACUUGGAGCCAUGUCGGCGACUGGGUGCUACCCUUCACAGGCAAGGUCGAAUAUGUGCCGGAGCUGAAGCUGUGGUUUGGCAUCUGCGCCCAGGACUGGCAACUGGGCGCUGCUGAACUGUCCACCAUGGACUCCCAGCCACAGCUAAUAGGCACUUGGAAGGAGCUCAAGGCACCUGGAGACUGGAGGCAGCUGAAGCCUCCUCAGCUUGUCAACCUGGGCUCUGGCCGGUUCUGCAUCACAAGGUUCUUCUUCCGUGGUCUACUGCAUCCCAUGGCCUUCUCUGAUUCGGAAUAUGAUGAUCCAGUUGAUGAGGAAUAUUUCACUGUCUUGACUGGUAUCGAUGUGGUGCCAUGUAUCCAUGACGCCUACGGUACAGCCAAUCACACCUUUAGCGGAGGCAUUGGCAGCAAGGGGAAAGUGGAGCUCCAAAUGAUCAAGCACAAUUCAAGACGCCACAUGUCUAAUGGCAGCGAUGGUACCAUUGAGGGAGUGUUCUGA